CUUUGUGUUAUUGUGUCUGUCUGUAGAUGGAAGACGGUUAUGUUAAAAGGCACCAUCUUUAAUGUCGUCAGGUAUUUGGCAGUACAGUAUCUAUUCUUGUGAGUAACUGUAAGCUACAGCUUAACGGAGGACGUCAAAUCAAGAGCCAGGGCACGUCUUGCUGAUGAACACUUGAAGGGGUGGGAGGCGUAAAGUAUAAAGUAAACCUAAGCUUAAUAUUAAAAAAUUACUCAAAUAAUUGCUCAUAUAUCUUACUUACGAUUAGUUGUUUUAGAGAAAAUUAUUUAACUUGGUUCAGUGGUAGGUCUAAUAGUGGCGGUUUUAAUAAAUUGUCAUCGAGUUUCAGUAAGUUGUCCUCCUGUUUAACCCAGCCACCCGCGAUUCGAUAAGAAAGGGUGGAUAUAGCCCUAGAUCUGGAAGCGGUUGAGAUGUAAGGCGGACGAACCAAGUCUUCAGUUUAAAGUAGUCGUUCCUCAAAUUCAUUCGGGCAACCUAAAAUACUUGAAUGACAUAAGAGGCAAACAAGUUGUGUUUACGGUUAUUUGUGUCAGUGGCGUGCUGUGAUGCGUUUCAUACCUUCAAUUUACACUAACUUCCUUUUCUUUCAGAGGUGAAAGUAUUUAUGAAUUUCGUAUAGAAGUUUAACUAGGAAAAAGAAGAGAAAACUACUUAUAAAGAAGACAUUUUAUAGAACUUCGUAAUAUGCAUUUUUAGAGGUCGGGCUCAAGGUUUGAAAAUUGCAGCACUUUGAAUUUUGGGAACACGCUCUCCAAGCAAAGCCGGGGUUCCCCUAAAUUGCCUCAAGUGGGUGAACAGAGAUGGCAUGACCAUCUUUACUGUGAAAUUUGUCAAACGCAGCUCGUUAGGCACCGUGGACUGUUUGUCCUGUCAAAACACGUGUCGGCGGAGCGCUCCGAUGCAGAUCCCAGAGACUCUUUCAUCGCUUUUCUCAAGACAAGUGUCCAAGUGUUCUGUCGUGUUCCUGUUUAUCAAUCUCAUUCAAAUGCAGCGCUUUAACCCAGAAACUGCCGUCACUGACUCCCCAAGUAAACUAAUAAUUGUGAAAGACAGAAAUCAUAUUUGUAACCAACAAGCAAAUUAUUUGUAGCUGAGGGUGAAAUGACGCAUUGUGUUUUGUUAUUUUGGGAAUGUGACGUGGUUGGCAGUUUAUAAGUUCCCGAAGGGCGGUGUGUAGACAGCUGGACUAUGUGGAUGGCUUGUUAUAUGUCUCUGGCUGCCGAUGAGGACCCUGGUCGCUCACAACAGCAGGGAAACAUGGCGGUCUUCAUAACCAUUUUCGUCGUGUGCUGCAUAGAGGCUGUGAUCGUAAAGAUUGUGACAAGCGAGGGAGACGCGCUGUUACGUCUCGGCUCAGUACUUCUACCUGCCGGAGAAGACGACAAUGACAAUUAGGAGUCAGCUGCGCUCCUCACUGAAGACGGAGGGUGAGGACGUCGGAUGCCCGCAAUGCGAAACCUCGACGUCAGAACGCAACUGCUCUGUCUGCGUCCGUCGUAGGGACUUGAAGCUGCAGUCUGGAGACUGGUUCUACAGGCACUUACAGAGCCGUUUCUUCAGGACAGCAAACAUCACAGAGAACAACAUAGCCCAAGAGAAUGGGGCUGCUAUGGACCCUGAUUCGGCUCAGGUACGAGAGUUCAUUGAGCGGUUGGUAGAGGCACUAGUCUCUGGCCAACUGGAUGAUGUCAAAGUGAACCGUGUGUACACACAUCCAGAAUAUGACCGCAUGUUUGCCUGCCAUCAUACUGCGCUGUGUGAGAACCUCGUUCGCCUGUCAUUCGCCUUGCAGAUGGCAAUCACCAAUAAGCCCCUGCCAGAAGAAGAAACACCAUCUGCAGUCCAUGCGGCCCUGAAGCAGCGAGUGCAACGCAUCAUAGAGGAGGCCAUGACUCUGCCAAACCUAAAGAGCCAAGUACCUAUGCAAAAUGGGACCGCCUUCCAUAAGUGGGAUGACGACAUCACGUCCAUGACUUAUGAAGAUAUUCUGGCUACAGCAAUCCUGAACAAGGUGAUUGAGCAGUUCCAGCAGAAGACCGGCGUGGUUCUGGCACCAAGCAGAAUGGAGCAAGCACCAAAGUACAUAAGUCGAGUUGAGAUUGGAGUGAAUAACCAUGAUGAUGAUGAUUCUUCCUCACAAGAGGGCCUCAGGAGCUGGAGUGAUUCAAGUCACACUGAGCCCCUCUCUAUGACUAUUGAGGAGUGCAUAGAGGAAGAGGUGACAGUAUGUGACAGUGCAGGUGAGGAGGAAGGGGAUGGGAUCAGUGAUGGCAUGGCUACAACCAGUUCAGAGCUUGAUUUCUACCUGUCUGGCCUCAACUUCAUCAAGCAGCAGCGUGUGCCAUUCCCUGAACUUGGUGUCGACAUUGUGGAUGGAGCAAAGGAGGAGGACUAUGAUGAAGACGAGCACUCGGAUUCAUCUCAGUCCCCACAUCCGACUGAUCUCGUCAGUCCUAUGAAUUCUUGGGAAGAAAACUGGCUGUUCCAGCGCCGACGCUUAAAAGCAGGUGGUGUCACUGGCUCUGUCAAGCGGGCUCCCAUGCCUGUGCCAAUGCUGGUACCAAACCCCAGUGAGGACUUUAAAGCUCGCAUUGGGGACAGAGAUGCAGAGGAAGUGUCAGAUUUGUCAGACUGCAGUGAUGGAGCUCUUGAAGAUGUAGUUUUGGCAGGUGUGGAGACAGAGUUGACAGAUUUUCAUCUUCCAAAGGUUUCAGUUACCAAUGCACAGCAUGAUGAUGCAUCUCAGCUAGGCAGCAAAGAAAGCAUUGCAGGGCUCUCGGCAGCUCUAGCUACUGACGGGAGUAUCGGGACGGAACUUAUUGAAGCCACCAAUGUGAACCUUGUCAAAGCUUCUUCAGUGGAGUGUCUAUCAGAGUUUGGACAACAGGACAGUGAGUAUACAGAGGAUUAUGCGUCGGUCGCCCAACGUCAGCUUGAUAGCCUUACUGAGCAGAUAGUGCCAACUGAACAUUUGGCACUAGCACCAGUUCCAAAACCAAGGACUCUUCCAAUGCCAGCAGAACCAAGCAAAUCAUCACCGAACCAGGAGAUGUGGACAGAUACCAAGAACGAUACAGAGCUGUCUUCACCCCCUCAGCCAGGAACAAUAGCAGAGCGCGAGCACCGUAAGUGGGAAAGUGCUCCGCCCCUUCCCAAUAAUCCUUACUCAACUGAGAACAUCAGCAGACGACUGAGUAGUAAAUCUGCUGGAUUUAGCAGCCUCAGCAGCAGCACCAUCUCUGUUGAUUUCCCUGAGUUGAAUGCAGAGUCACGGGUGACAUCACCUCUCCAAGUCAUCUGCACUUCUGGUGAGCUGGACUAUAAGAGAUAUGGACGUGACUAUUACAUCAACCACUCCAAGUUGGCCUCGGGUGAGAGAUACUCCUCUUCUAGACUGAAUUCCCCCUUGCUGCAACAGAGAUCUGUGGACGUGAUGAUCAACAAAAUGGAAGCAGACCAGAUCUCAGGGGCAGACACACAUGACACUGAUGAGAUAUAUGGCUAUGUAGAGAAUGAGAUUGCAAAAUGGCAAAAAGAGAUCAAUCAGACUGAGGAGCAGUGGCUGAGGAAGAUGCAACACAAUGGCUCUGUGGAAUCAACAGUAUCUCAAAAUGGAUGUGGAGAGAUGCAGCCAGCCAAUUCUGAAUGGGAAGCGGAGACUCAGGCUGCAAAGAGCAAGGUCAUUGAGGUGGGCAAGUGGAGAAAUUCGGAUUACAUGGCUCCAAGCGAGGGUAGCACUGUUUCAUCUGACCUUGACUUUGAUGCAGAUGUGCCAGUUGUGCUGCCAUCUGUUAAGGAACUGGCAAAGCACUUUUCAGCAGGCAAAACAUCAGAUUCUGACUCCUCUGUUGCAAGGGUAUUACCAAAACCUCGCCAAAGCAAGAUGGUGGAAGUGCCUAAGGAAGUGGUCAUAGUGGCAAGAGAGAAGCAGCCACAGCCUGUGCGAGAGGUGCACAGCCUGACAGCUCGUAGUAUGUCACGAGAGUUCCGUGAGGGCCUGCGACGGAACCUGCCCACCCAACUAGACAGCAUCUUGCACGUACCAGUUGAUGCCACUACUUCAAAUGGCACGGAAGACUCGUCCUGCAGUUCUCCCAAGCCAUGCGUCAUCAAUAGAACUGGGGACAUGAAGAUUUCUCCAGCCAAUCUGAGCAAGGUGGUAGAGAGUGCAAGGAAUAUAAAUAUCGGGGGACUAGACAAAUUGCUCAAUGAACCAAAGUGUAACAGCAUAAGGGAAAUAAGUGAAGGUGAUCUGGUCAUGAUGGGUGAUGAUAGUACUCCUGGCUACAUGUCAGAUGAGAGCGGGACUCAUUCCCCAACCCCAUCCAGGAGAGGAAGGCAUAGGCUGCAGAACAAUAUUGCAUUCUGGGAACAGUGGCACCACAAGUGAUGCCUGCCUCGGUGGGGAAAUUGUGCUCAGUAUAAACUUUUGGAUUAUUAAAGCUUUCAAAGUUUUUUUUCCAGCAAGAGUGUUGCAUUUUGUGGGGUAAUUCAUUGAUCAAGGUAGUUUGCAUCUACCACAACCUUGCAGUGCUUGGAUUGUGAUACAGUGUAUGGAAGUCUGUGAAUGUGAGAUAUUUUUAUAUGACAUUUCAUAAGUGCUUUGAAUCUGUUCUGUUGGUUGAUGUUUUUUAAAGUUCAGAAGUGUAAACCAGAAGCAUUUUAUAUUACCUUCCCCUCUGUUACUUGUUAUUAUUGCAUUGCUGUCAUGUUUAUAUCAACCUUUGGGGCCAUUUUAAGUGUAUUGCAAGAUGUAAAGAACCAUUUAUUUUCACACCUAUUUUCAAAAUGUUGACACGUUCAAUAAAAUAAGGCCAUACUUCCUUUAAUUAUACCUGCCUUGUGCAAUAAAUGCCUUUAACUUUUUCA